ACAGAGUAUCCCCGGCGACGACACCUCAGACGAAGCCCCCGCAAGGAGCACCACGAGAAAGAAAUCAGCCCGGUCUGCAGUCGCCACAACCAAGCCCGACCUUGGGGUGUGCAUACACGCCAAGCCCAUAUGCCCCGGUGCACCGACCAGAGCCAGUUUGUGUGUGUCAUGUGGUGCAAGACUGAUGGCUGCUGGUCAUGACCACCAAGCCAACUUGAAGGUGUUGUCCAAUGCCAUCAACAGCGCGGGGGUGCGCUCAUUCGAUGAUGCCGACGAUCCUGGCUCAUCCAAUGCGGCACUCGCCCUCUUCAAGAUCGCAGCAGAGCUCGGGAGUGUCGAUGCUCGCUUCAACGUUGCAUGCUGCUAUUUCAACGGCCGUGGCGCGACGGUCAGGCCGGAAAGCGGCAUCAAGUGGGCCACAGUUGCCGCUCGGCUGGAUCAACUCGAUGCCCUGUACGUUCUGGGAAUGUGCUAUUACCUCGGCCAUGGCACCGGGAAUGAUCUUGGCAAGGAGGAGCGCGAAGCUGUCCAACUCGAGCGCGAUCAUGCGAAUGCGGUGGCAUAUUUGAAGAGAGCAGCAAGAAGACGUCAUCCUGCGGCACAAAAUCUUCUGGGUCACUGUUACCGCUUGGGACACGGCGUCAAACAAGACACCAAGAAGGCAUUCAAGUGCUUUCAGAAGGCGGCAGCGCAAGGUAACAUGGAUGCCGAAUUCAAUCUCGCCAGUAGCUAUUACCACGGCGUCGGCACCAGCAAGUCCCUGGACGACGCAGAAUUGUGGUGCCAGAGGGCAGCGAGGCAUGGGCACAAGGAUGCGGAGGAGAGCCUCAUGGCACUUACGGGCAGAGAACACCACUGAGCCACUGCCCGAGUGUGCCAGAGUAAAUUGUGAUAACGGCGCUCGGAGAGGGAGUCAGUCUUGUCUUGGAUGUGAAUGGAUAUCGAUGCUGGUUGAUGCUGAUUGAUGGUGAAUACAAUGCGCUUGGUGG